UAACAAGGUCAGUUUUAUGAUUAUUUAUCUCUCAGUAUAAUAGCAAAUUCUCUAAAUAAACAAAAGCAAUCCGUUUUUAUUAUUCAUCAGUGUCAUUUAUUUCCUAAAUUGUUAGUGUGUUUCGUCACCAUCCAUUCUAAAGACUAGCUAGCACAUUCGAUUAAUCGAGACUAGCUUCUACUGCAUCUUCUCGACGGAAGGUUAACAACAGUGGUCAUUCUUCGGUUCUCGUCGUCGACAUCUUAAAAUAAUGGAUGGAACGGGAGAAAAGGAGGCAAACUGGCUGACUAACAUGGCUGACUAACUACCUGCCACAUCUCUCUUCAUGGAUAACAGAGGAAGACGACAAAGGAAACACAAAAUAAAACCUCAUUAAUUAUCAACAAAGACAAACAUCCAGAGGAACCAACCCACCACUAUCGUUCCAUCACUCUGAUUUCCAGUGCAUGUGGUCCUGAAGUUGUCCUAAGGAGGAGGCGGGGAACACAUAGGCCUACCACUAUGCACUGUAAACAGAGCGUUUGGGACUGUGGAAGUGUGGGGAGAACCAGACCUCCCCCAGGCAGGACUAUCCCCCUGGUGCUGGGGCUACUGGUGGCCCUGGUCCAGGGCAGUGUGCCUGGGAGACCACUGGUGGAGGGCCUGGGGGAGAUGUUGUCGGUGGACCUGGAAGCCUCCAUGCACACCUCUGUCCUCUCUGACCUGCAGACUGCAGCCUCUGUAGCCACAGAGGGACCUCCCACGGGUAUCCCACAAUCCCUGGCUGCGGUCACAGAGGUGGCCCCUGAAGGAAUCCCUGACUCUUCAGCGGUGGUAGGCCAGGGAUUCCAUUUGAGGAUUCCGCCCAGGGCGAAGAAUGGCAGUUGCAAUGUUAAGUUAACUGAGGUGGGAAAGGAAAGCUUACCCUCCUGGCUGAACUGGGCCACAGGGAGCUGCAUCUUACGAGGCCUGGCCCUGGAGCAGGACAGAGGUGUCCACCAUAUCUCCCUCUCUGGCUCUGAGAUGAUAAACAGUGGCCAUGGUCUGGAGGUCUUCUCUAUUGAGGUGCACCCAGAGGAGUGGGCCGACACUGAGCCAGCCCUGUUGGCUCUCCAGGCUGAGGCCAACAACCUCCAGCCAUUCACCUGCGGCAGUGAGGAGCCCGUCACUGUUCUCACCAUCAUCCUGGAUGCCGACCUCACCAAGAUGAACGCUCAUCAGAGGGUAGGCCUGCUGGCCAGCAUGAAGAAGUUUUCUGGUGUCCCCCUGGAGCACAUGAGGGUGGUCCCUGUCGUCAACAACCGCCUGUUUGACAUGUCCGCCUUCAUGGCUGGGCCCGGAAAUGCCAAGAAGGUGGUGGAGAAUGGGGCCCUGUUGUCAUGGAAGCUGGGCUGCGCCCUGGACCAGUCUAACAUUCCGAACAUCAACAGCGUCCAAUCGCCUGCCAAGGAUGGGUCCAUGUCGUCCAAGCUAGGCUACCCAGUGGUGGGCUGGCACAUCGUCAACAAGAAACCCCACCUGGUGAAACGGGUCAGGAGGCAGCUGGGAAACACCCCCACCCCUGUACCCUCCCUGCUCCCCCCAACCACUUACCCUGAGCCCCCUACUCGAAUUGUUCCCAGCCCCACAUCCCCUUCCAUCUCCCCAGCCACUGACAGCUCUGCUCCUCCUGUCCGUGGACCCUUGCCCCUGCCGGUGAAGCCCACUAUCAGGCUGAGAGAUCAGAUAGCCCACACUCCUACUAUAGGGGCUCCUCAGCCUACUAGGGUCCUGGGCACCACCAGUACCAUCCCCAUCCAGCCUACUAUGACCCGGCCUGCUAUUCCAGAGGCUACUGCACUUCCCACCCCACCAAGCACCACUAGAAGGCCAAAGACCUCCACCACCAAGAAAACCAAGAAGGCAAAAACCUCCACUCCAGUGCCCAGAGAACCUAAGACCACCACGGCUAAGCCACCCAGACGCACCACCCCUCUGUCUCCUGUUCCUGACUACAACAACGAGAAGCCCCAGCUUCGCAACCCCAUCGACGAGGUGAAUGCCUGGGUCGGGACCUACUUUGAGGUGAAGAUUCCUCCAGAUACCUUCUUCGACAAAGAGGACGGCACCACGGACAAGCUGCGUCUGACUUUGAGGAAGAACCACAACGAAGUGGUGAGCGAGACCUCUUGGAUCCAGUUUAACAGCACCAUCCAGCUCCUGUACGGUCUCCCAGAGAAAGAACACGUAGGCAAACACGAGUACUUUAUGCUGGCCACCGACAAGGCAGGCAUGAGCACCAUAGAUGCCUUUGAGGUGCAUGUCAACCGUUGGCUGUCCACCGAUAAGCCCUCCGUUGUUUUUGCCGCCCGUUUCCAUGGUGAGCCCAAGACAUUGGCCAACAACGUCCACAAAAAGAUCCUCCUGACUAAGAAGCUGGCGUAUGCAUUGGGUGACCGGAACACCAGCACAGUGACCCUGCGGAGUAUCACCAAGGGCUCCAUCGUGGUGGAGUGGACCAACAACAGCCUCCAGCAGAGCCCCUGUCCCAAGGACCAGAUCACCGUCCUCAGCAGAAAGAUCUCCGACCCCCAGGGCAGGCCCACUCUGGCCUUCUCCAAUGCCAUGGAGCCGGACUUUAAACCCAUCAACAUCUCCGUCCGCGGCACCAACAAAUGCCAGACCUACACUUUCGUGCCCCCAGGAGAAGUGACCAUCCCUGUUCCCCCUCCAGCCACUCCUUCCCCUGGCACUGGUCGUAGCACCAGUGACGAUGUUUACCUGCACACAGUUAUCCCAGCUGUGGUGGUGGCGGCGCUACUGCUGAUUGCCGGCGUCAUCGCCAUGGUCUGCUACCGCAAGAAGCGCAAGGGCAAGAUGAGCAUUGAGGAGCAGGCUACCUUUAUCAAGAAAGGCGUGCCCAUCAUCUUUGCAGAUGAGCUGGACGACUCCAAGUCUCCCCCGUCCUCCAGUAUCCCCCUCAUCCUGCAUGAGGAGAAGCCACCCCUGCCCCCUCCAGAGUACCCCAACAUGGCUGGCCCUCACAGCACCCUGCUCAACCAGGAUCUCCUGAUGGAGGAGUACUCCAUCUACCAUGAUGAUGACCCCAACGCACCCCCCUAUCAGCCCCCGCCACCCUUCACCGUCCCCAUCGAGGGGAAAGGGUCCCGCCCCAAGAACAUGACAUCAUACAGGUCACCACCUCCCUACGUGCCUCCCUAACGCUUACAGGUGCCUUGGCUUUGGGAUGGAGGAAGAGGGGGAGCUGUGGUGACUUUUUUGUUUGAAAACAAUUUCCGGAAGGAUUUUACACACUGUACAGUGGGAUGGCUUUGACAUAGCCGGAGUAGACGACCACAUCUGUAUAAGUGACCACUAUGGAUAACGUACUGUAUAAGUCUAACACUGGCACAGGAAAACUGGACAGAGACCGUUUGUAAACGCCAGCUCUCUUUCUUUUGUUGUCCUUCAUAGUUAUGCUUUCAACUCUUGCGUAAUCUUUAUUUUUUAUUUUUAUCUGUUCUUGCCAAGAAUAAUGAUUUUUAUCUUUGAAGAUGUACUGUUUCUAUUGUAUAGAAAAUAAUGCAAAAGCGAGAGAGACUGUAGGCUGCAGAGGCCUUGGAGCAAAUGUCACCAUGACAACAGACGUGUAGGCUCUCAAUCACAAAGUUCAUCUUUAUACCAAUUACAGUAUCACUUAUUGGUCUUUGGAUUAGCUCUACUAAGAUUUUGCUCCUGUUAUUUUUAGAAGGUCAUCUAAGACAAAGUCAAACUAAAAACAUGAAACCAUCGUUUAUUUACAUCAUAACCUUACAUUUUAUAUUCUCCUCUUAAUGUUACCCUUUUUCUUUCUUUUACUUUUUAUCCCCUCUUAAAAAUAACAGGUGUAAAACUUUCACUGGUGCAGACGCCUAAUAAAACUAGCCCUUUCUAUCUGGCAGAACUGAACAUUCUAACUGGUAGCCUAAAAAGGACGUUUUUUUUUUUAUUUAAAUUUUUUUAAUGCAUAAUGGGACUGAAAUAUCCUCUGCUAUACAGGUACUGUACUUGAUCAACAAGUAAAUCAUAGACUGAUAGUGAGUGACCACACUUCUUAAUGUAAGAGGAUUACAAAACAGGAGGAAUAACGACGUCAAUAUACAUCGGUGUAUUAACUUGCCGCUGAUCUUGCCCCUGAAACAGAGAGAUCACUAUACAGUGCCUUUAGAAAGUAUUCACACCCCUUGACUUUUUACAGCAUCAAUUUAAAAUUGAUUACAUUUAGUUUGUCACUGGCUUACCCACACUAGCCUAUAAUGUCAAAGUGGAAUUAUGUUUUUUAAAAUUCUUUACAAAUUAAUUAAUGAAAAGCUGAAAUGUCUUGUCUUAGUAUUCAACCCCUUUGUUAUGGCAACCCUAAAUAUGUUUAGGAGAAAAAUGUGCAGUACAGUGAAACUGCAAAAAAUGUGGCAAAGAAAUUUGACUAUGUCCUGAGUACAAGGCUCUUAGACUUACCCAGAAAGACUCACAGCUGUAAUUGCUGACAAAAGUGAUUCUAAUAUGUAUUGACUCCGGGGUAUGAAUUCGUAUGUAAAUGAGAUGUCUGUUAAAUUUAAGAAAUUGGCAAACAUCUCUAAAAACAUGUUUUGACUUGUCAUUAUGGGGUAUUGUGUGUAGAUGGGUGAAGGGGAAGAGAGAAAAAAAUAUCUUUUUAAAAUUGUAACACAAAAUGUGCAAUAAUGGUAUGAAUACUUUCUGAAGGCACUGUACUAUUCCAGGGUUGCCAAGGUAGUGAUAAAGCAAAGUAUUCCUGUUUUCUUUUUCAUCAUAAUGCUGGGUCAAUGAGAUGCUGUAACUAGGCAGCAGAGUGAGCUGAUGGAAGUAAAUCAUUAGGCUACUAGAUUGAUCAAUUAUUUGUUAGUGUUGAUGUAAGUUUUGGGGUUCAGGUCUCCCUUGGACCAGGUCUGUUGCAGAAGAGAUUUUAUCACAAUGAGAAAAUAACCUUAACUUUUAUUAAGUAAAUGAAAUAAGAAAAGUGAGGGGGAACGUACAGUUCUGCAAUAUCCGUGCUCUCUGCCUCUAUGCUGCUGCACUGUAUCGUUAGUCUCUCAGUCAUCAUCAGUUGUGAGACAAGUGUAUGUACAUAAUGGUGUGCCUGUGAAACUGAAGAUCUCAUAACGUUAAUGUGUUUUAUCAGUAGAGUUAUGCUAGUGGGAGGGAAAUUUUAUUCUCAAUUUUUUUUGUCUAGAUUCGUCACGAUGUCAUAAAUUUAAAUCAUAGUUUGAAGGGGCAAAAAAAGUUGACUUUCCCAUCACUGAAAAUAUUGCAUCCUGUAAAGAAUACGAUGUGGGAGGAAGACAAGUGAAUAAUGUAGGUUUCAUAUCUGAUAUCACCAUAAGGAAAAAUGGUGAGGGGGAAAAAAAUCUAAUGUUUUUACUGAAUUUUUGAUACGGUCUCAAAUUGUUUUAUGAAAAUAUAUUAAUAAAGAUGUACUACUAUUUGUAAAGCCUCAAA